UAGAGUUAGAAGGGGUAGUUCGGGAUUAUUAGUUUGAAUAUGUAAAGAAUAAGCACGGAUUCCGAACACAGAACAAUCAUGGCAAAGGAGAAGUGUAUAUGCCAGCUAUGUACUUGCGGCAAUCAUCGUUGCAUACACUUUCCAGUGGGAAACGACAUCUCUACCACCUGUCCAAAUGGAGUAGAUGAUGAAGAUCAAUUAAAAUCAAAAAGAAAGCAGUGGGAAGUAUCGCCAGAGCACGUACAAAAAAUAUAUAAAUCGUAUCAAGUUAACGAAAAAGAAAACAUGACAAAUCACAGUAUGAAGUUGCAAGACACAGCUAUAACGAAGCAACUAAAAGGAAAUGGAGAAAAUACAAGAAAACCUCUACAUGCAUCAAACAUCAAAGAAGGAGAUCAGUUUCAAACAUACAAGAGAGAACGAAAAGAAAUUUUAAAAUUAGAUGGAAAGAUGGAAUAUACUAUUCAUAAAAAUGAUAUGGCAGAAAAACAAAUUGAAAAAUACGAACAGAAAAGACCAACAACAACACUAAAGACAGAAGGGCAAAUCCAGUCUCAAAGCAUUUACCAAAAGGAAUACAAAAGCACAACAGAAAAACCAAAUAAUACUACUGGAACCAAAAAAGCACAGAAUGAAGUAUUAAAAAAAAGAAAUGGAACUCAGUAUGAAACAACGACAAAUAUAGAUUAUCCAGCAAAAAAGAUAGAAAUACAAAAACAUACUCGACCAAAAACAUCUUACAGACAAGAAGGAUCGAUGGAUUUAAAAACAACAACACAACAGUCUUUCAAAGUACCACCAAUAGAAAAAACACAGAGGAUUAGACCUCAACAAAAUCUAACAUCAGAACAAACACCUUUCAUAGAUGAUACCACCACUAAAAGUGAAUACAAACAGUGGAACAUAACCAGGACUGACAUCAGAAAGCCAAAAGAAAACCUAAGACAGGAGGGUGAAAUGGACUUCUCAACAACAGCACAGGCUGACUUUGUUCCUAAAGAAGCUGAGAGGGCAAGAGGUCAGAGACCUCCGACAACUUCAAAAUACGAAGGCGACAUGGAUCUCACCACAACAGCACAAUCUGAUUUUGUUGGUAAACAGACAGAGAGAGUGAGAGGCCAACGUCCAAUGACAACGUCAAAAUACGAAGGCGACAUGGAUUUAACAACAACCACACAGCAAUCAUUCCAAGUUCUACCUAUGGAAAAAACAAAAAGCUUCAAGCCUGAACAACAACUAAUACAAGACCAAUCGCCUUUCAUUGAUGAUACCACUACCAAAAGUGAAUACAAACAGUGGAACAUAACCAGGAGUGACAUCAGAAAGCCAAAAGAAAACCUAAGACAGGAGGGUGAAAUGGACUUCUCAACAACAGCACAGGCUGACUUUGUUCCUAAAGAAGCUGAGAGGGCAAGAGGUCAGAGACCUCCGACAACUUCAAAAUACGAAGGCGACAUGGAUCUCACCACAACAGCACAAUCUGAUUUUGUUGGUAAACAGACAGAGAGAGUGAGAGGCCAACGUCCAAUGACAACGUCAAAAUACGAAGGCGACAUGGAUUUAACAACAACCACACAGCAAUCAUUCCAAGUUCUACCUAUGGAAAAAACACAAAGCUUCAAGCCUGAACAACUAAUACAAGAUCAAAGUCCUUUUUUGGAUACUACUACUACAAGAAGUGAAUUUAAACAAUGGAAUUUGUAUAAAAACGAAGUAAGAAAGCCAACAGAAAAUUUGAAACAGGGAGGUGAAACGCAUUUUUCUACUACAACACAGACAGAUUUUACUUCAAGUGCUAGAAGAAAAGUGAUCGAUGAGUUUAGGAAGUCCAAUUUAAAGAACAGCUUUAAUGUGCAAAGAAAUAGAGAUUCUCAUAUUUUUGAAAAUGGUAAAUUUGAAAAAAACGGUAAAACAAAUGGAUACCACGGUCAUAAUGUUACAUUUUUACAUCAGUUUCCAACGGAUGCUAAUUAUAAAACUACUACACAGUCUUCAUAUCAAGGUUUGCAAACCGAUCGUCCUAAUGCCCUGCGUCCAAAAUCUUCUUUAUAUUUUUUAAACAGAAACGGGAUUAAAGAUAGUGAGAAAAAUUUUAAUGGUUUUCCAAUUCAUUCUACUAGCCAUUCAGAGUUCGGUAAAAGUGAAAGUUUUGUUCGGACAAAAGCAGCUAGACCUCCAACUUCACAAAAAGUUGGAGAAGGAUUAUUUGAUACAAGGACUACAAACCAAGUUACUUUCAUAGAUCCAUCCAAACAAGCAAUACAAAGGAUUAAUUUAGAAAAGCCACCAAAUCAUAGAAUAUUUGAAAGUGGUGGUGCAUUUGAUGGAGGAACUACCUACGCUAGUAGUUUUACUCCUACUGGUCUACAUUGUCCUGUUUUAGAUAUUGAUGCAAAGUAUUCAUAUAAAGGAGAACUUGGAGGUCAUAAGUUUUAUUUGCCGGUUGUACAAAAUUAA